AUGUUCUGGUUCGAUGGCUCGCCGAAACCUACUUCGAACCGUGGCUCUAGCCGAUUCUUGGCAAAGUAUGCAGAUACUGUCGCUAAAUUCUUGCCCGCCAAUCCAGCGGUUGCCAUUUUAAGAUGGAAAAUGCCGUUGAAGAUCGAAACAGCCUCACUAGAUAAGAACCAAUACUCGAAGAAAAAACCGGCCAGACGUGGCUCUGUUCAAGAACGUAUUCAUUCUUUCGAAAUAUUGAAGCAUUCAAAAUUACCGAAGCAAGCCGUAGCCGAAAUUGAUGAAAAUAUUGACGUUCUUCCGAGUGUGAAGAACAAAAUCGCCGAAUUUGAACGGCGAUCUUCAAUCGAUAGCAUUAUUAUGCCACCUGCGCAAGUACAAAUUGUCAAGGCCAAAAUCUAUCCAUUCGAGACCCUAAUUUCGGAUCCUGUUCGAGGAAAUGCGGCUUUAUUAGAUGUGAAAUUCGAUGAGAUUCGAAGGCUAUUUAGCCCUGAUCAUAUUGGACAAGAAAGGAUAAUUCCGAUCAAUAUUUUGGGACGAAAAGCGUUGGCUACUCUAUCCUCCUCAAAAAUCGUCACCUACGAGCCGCUAAAACGCUGCGCCUUUGUGAGCGGUAUUGGGAGUAGGCGUGAGCCGAAACGUAUCGAGUUGGUGUUGCCGAGAGAAGGCUUCUCCGAUGUGUUUGUAUGUCUACAUGCAUCUCUGCGUGCUGGGGAACAAAUAGAAGAUAUGACUUGUCUGAUGGCCGUCAAUGCCAAUCGCUUUCAUCUGCACCCACGUUUCCCAGGGAUCUAUCUUGGGAUGGAUAUUUCGGCUUGCGGCGAGCAUGCACGUUAUAAGGAUUGUUAUGAUGACCUACGGUUUUUGGCUGUGCGGAAACCGAGGAUUGCAAGGGAAUUGGAGAUUAAUUCUGAUGAAUAUUUGACAGCCGAAGAGGAUACGGAAAUGGAAACAGCCGGUGAGCCGCGGACGCAGAGCAUCGUGGUGAAGGGCAAACGAGAACAUGAGACCUUUGCCGUAGCCAACCUGGAGGCUCCUGUACAAUCGAAGGAGACGGUGAACAAGACGAUAGUUGUUGGGGUGAAGCAGCGAAGUGUUCAAACCGAGAAGGUGGCGGCGACGGUGAAGCUGGAUGAGAAGGCUCCGCUGAGGUGUCCGGAGACUUCGGAAGAAGAAGAGGAGCACGUUAGUGGGCAGACGACUGAAUUGGUCGAGGAACAGCUGCGCGAGAUUGGCAUUUUGGCGGAGAAUAUUGCUAAUUCGAACAACCGAAAGCUCCGCGAGAGCGACGUGAUGUCAACAAGCGCAAGCAGCUCAUUCGUUCGACUCGAUAAUAUUGACGAAGAUAUGGCCAAAAACACCACGGGACCCUUGCUCAAAUGUGUCUCCACCCCAAGGGUCUUCAAUCUGGACAACGCCAUCGAGAUCAAACCGCCCAGCAAGAAGGUGUUCCCGACGAUGAGUCUGGAGGCUAGGGUUAUGGUUGAUAAGCUACAAAAGGGGUUGGCCGACUUCACGACGACCAGCCAGGAUCGGCUUCAGCGCUGGAAGAAUAAGCUUCAGACGACUGGGAGGAGGCAAAAGGAUACGAGCGAGCCGCCGCCAAUGCAUAGGAACUGCUUCCCGAAAUCACAGCCGUCGAAGGAAGAAGAACCACAGAAGUCUUGGAAGAUGUCUGAUUCUCCACAAAACAUCACGUACCCACGACCUCUCCAUUCGUCAAAAAGCCUCCAGAACGCGGGCAGUAUGGGAAAUGUGCCGUCGCUGAAUAAUCAGCUUUCCCUCGACAUGGAACAUCGCACCCUGAAGUCCAAAGAAAAUUCCGCUAGUCAAAAAGACGUCGCCGCUUUCGAAAUCUACGACAACGUCUUCAGCAAGUCUUCAGCCCCUCCCCGACUACCACCAAUUUCCGGCGUUCGACCGGACGGCACUGAUCUUGUUCGUCCCAUCGCCUUCCGCCCGGUGGCUCCAUCGGUGGUCGAUCCGGCAAAGCGCCAAUCAGCUGGUACUUUCAGGACCGAGUUUGAACGUUCUCGUCUUGGUCCUCUGAGCGCUUCCCUCAACGGCACACCCCCGGUUCCUCAAACUGCCGUCCCGACCAAACCACGAGGCAUGCAUCAACCUAGCACUAGCUUUAACCACUUCCCUCGUACCUCCGUCGAAAAUGAAUACGAUACUGUGAAUGACUACUAUGAAAAACAUGAUGCCGGUUCAAAUUCCGACUAUUCGACCGGAGCUGGAUCUCUGGGAAGAAAGCCUCAAUUCCAAACGGUCCAAAUCGGGAGCCCUGGCGCACAUAACAAGAAAUCAUUCACCUCCUCUACCUCCUCAUCAGCCUCUAGACACUCUUCUGGAGUCCAUGUAACACCAUCACCAUCUGACAGUGGAAUUGUCGAUUAUGAGUCCAUAAUUCGCGAUAAGGAGAACGAGCUCCGGGAAGUGCGAAACACCAUGGAGCACAAUGAAGAGAUUAUCAUCAAAGUUUACCAAGAAAAAGAACGGAGCUACCGUAAUGAGAUCCAACAGUUGAGGAAUAGACUAUCGGCUAGCGAAAAAGGAGAAAACGCGCUUCGUGCCCAAUUGUCGUCAUGUCAGCGUCAAACGGAUGUGAUGAGGGCAUCGGUUGAGGGCUUGUUGGCUGAGAAAAGGGAUAUGGAAAAGCGUUGCGAGCAAUUGGAGCGUGACGUCGCCUACCUGAAGAGCCAUCAAUGCGCUGAAUGUGUUCGCCGGAUAAAUAGUCGCGCAGUGCCCGUCGUAAGGAUGAAUAAGGAACUAACGCCAAAUGAAGAUCUCCGUGAUGAAGUGAGCCUUCUUCGCAAAGAAGUGGCCACCCUUCGUGACGCCCUUGGCUCUAUGCACAUCAACAAUAAUAAUCAAACGAUCUCGAAUGGGACCAGCCGUAUUGGCAGCGAACCGAAACUUGCUUCGGCCAGGGACCGGUUGAUC